UUUGGUUUUCUUUCUUUUCAGAAAAAAGAGUCCUUCUCAUUUACUCGGGUAAAGAGUCUUUCUGCCGGGGCUUUCGCUUCCGCCGGAGCUGCUGCUGAAGUUGCGCGCGUGGACAUCGCAAACCCGUCCGCCGAAACAACACCGCAGUCUCGGCACGCGCGGCGAAUCGUUCCCUCCGUCGAGCCCCUGGCGAAGGACGAUAUUUCACCUCGAUAGCUCCUCGCCGCAAUCGGAGCCAGAUCUGAGUACAGAGAUCUCAUGGCUUGUAAGGAUUUACCAUAUCUGGCUGCCGCUGCUUUUGCUGCUAUCCUGUUUCGACUUUGUUCUCGAGGAGGAGAUCAAGCGAGAUCAAUGGAGGAGAGUGCAAGUGGAAAUGAUGGAACAGCAGGAGGUGCUUCUUCUACUCACACGUCAACAGAAGGUCAAGAGGUGGCUACUUCAUCGGGAUAUGACUAUGAAGUAUUUUUGAGCUUCAGAGGACCAGAUACUCGAGAUGCUUUUACCGACUAUCUUUACACUAGGCUCGAUGAUGCGGGAAUCCGCACAUUUAAGGAUGACGAAGAGCUCCGCAUUGGGGAAGAGUUUGCCCCAAAACUUCUCCAAGCAAUUAAGCAGUCGAAGAUCUCAAUACCUAUAUUUUCGAAAGGUUAUGCCUCCAGCGUAUGGUGUCUCAAGGAGCUGGUCCAGAUGGUCGAGUGCCAGAAAAAUGGAAGACAAAAGAUCAUGCCCAUUUUUUAUGAUGUGGCCCCUUCAGUGGUUCGAUACCAAAUUGGGAUUUAUGCCGAGGCCUUUCUUUCACAUGAAGAGAAGCAACGAUAUGGCAAAGAUACUAUCCGUGAGUGGAAGGCUGCUCUCAGUGCAGUUGGGGCAAUAAACGGAGACCAAUAGGUGACUUCUGUUAGCAUUCCAUCUCAAGUGCCUUGUAUCAAUAAAACUCAAUGAAUUUGAUUUGGUUUCGUUUGUA